UCAUAUACCAACCCAUUUUGCCAUAUCAUCUUCUUCACAUACACACAUUAUUAUUAACAUUUUCUUCUUCCUUAAAUUUUGCCUUUUCUAACGUUAUGAAGUUUGGAAAGAGACUGAAGCAACAAAUUCAGGAGACCCUGCCGGAGUGGAGGGACAAGUACUUGUCUUACAAGGAAUUGAAGAAGCUCCUGCGGCUGAUAUCGGCGGCGCCGCCGAUGCUUAAUGACUCUUUGGAGUAUGGCAAGACGGAGGCUGAGUUUAUGUACUUGUUGAACAAUGAGAUAGACAAGUUCAAUGGGUUCUUCAUGGAGAAAGAGGAAGAUUUCAUUAUCCGUCAUAAGGAAGUACAACAUAGAAUAAAGAGAGUAGUUGAUUUAUGGGGACCAAAUGGUAGUCAACCUUCCGAAGCAGAUUAUAAGGAGGAGAUGGCAAAAAUCAGAAAAGCUAUUGUUGAUUUCCAUGGUGAAAUGGUUCUCUUAGUAAACUACAGCAACAUUAAUUAUACAGGGUUGGCUAAAAUUCUGAAGAAAUAUGAUAAGAGAACAGGAGGGCUUCUGCGUUUGCCAUUCAUUCAGAAAGUACUGGAACAACCCUUUUUUACAACAGAUUUAAUUUCAAAACUUGUGAAGGAAUGUGAAAGCAUAAUUGAUGCAGUGUUCCCAGCUGAGGAAGAAGCUGAAAGGGCAAAGGAAGCAACAGAAGCCAUUAUAGUGGCUGGAGAAGGGAUUUUCAGAAACACAGUUGCAGCUUUACUUACAAUGCAAGAGAUCAGAAAUGGUAGCUCCACACAAAGUCCCUUUUCUCUGCCUCCUCUCAACUUGCCAGACUCUGAUCUCAUACAAUCAAUACAACUCAAUGCUGCUGUUCCCAUUGUCUAGUGAAACUGAUGAUGAUGUACUAGUUGACCAUAGGUACAACAAUUUGGUCAGAAAAUACAUAGUUAUAAUGGGAUGUAAUACAAUUUUAAGGAUACUAGUUAGUCAAUCUUAAUAUAUAUCCUUUUGAUAAAGAAACACUUGAGUUACUUGAUAUGAGUAAUUAGAGCCUU